UUUUUGACAAAGCAACAUUAACUUUAAAAAUUGAUGGAAGGUAAAAAACAUAAAAAACAUAAGAGUGAGAACAAAAAUGAACAUCAUGUGAAGAAGAAGCACAAACAUAAACACAAGAAACAUAAAGUGUCCGAAGAUAUUCUAAAUAAUGCAAAUGUAAAUAAUAUGAAUGAAGAUCAAGAUUAUGUUCCAACUCAUGGUGAUGUAUCUUUAAGCAUAGAUGACACAAAUAAAUUGAGAGAAAAACUUGGACUAACUCUAUUAAAAACGGAAUCUAGUGACAAAGUUGAAGAAAUGAAAGAUGGCCUGAAAAAAUACACUAUGCAAGGUGAUACCUUUAUUCAUGUUCCCCCUCAAAAUUGGGGUGCAGCUAAAGCAUCAGACAAAUUGAAAGAUAAAUUAUCAACACGUAAGGAAAAACGAGAGAUUGAACAAAAAUUAAGAAAAGUGAAAAAACUUGCUGAGUUUGAUAAUGAAGAUGAAAGUGCUCUUUCUUGGGUUAAUAAAAGCAGACAAUUACAAAAAGAUAAAGAAGUAGCUUUAAAAAAAGCUAAAAUAUUAGAAGAAUUAGAUGAAGAUUUUGGGAUAGACCAAUUAGUUGAAUCAAAUCUGCCUAAUUUCAAACGGAAACACGAAAAUUGGGACAAAGAAUAUUCAGCCAAGUAUCUAAAAGGGAUAAAAGUUGAUCAUUCUUUAGAUGCAUUCCAGGAAGGAGAAACUAUAAUUAUGACCCUAGCCGAUAAAGACAUCCUCAAAGAAAUGGAAGAGGCAGAAGCGGAGGGCUCAGAGGAGAUAAUUUUACAAAACAUCAAUAUUAUAGAUUCUGAGAGAGCCAUCAAAUACAUACAAACCAAAAAAAUAAGACCGGAAUAUAAACCUUACCUUGAAGAGGAAAAACAAUAUGAUGAAUUCGGAUUGUAUAAACCGAAGAAUUUGUUGGAUAAAUACGAUGAAGAAAUCGGAGAAGGACCUAAAAAGGAAACUUUUAUUUUAGGAGAGAACGGUAUAGUCAAUGCUUCUGGUUACAAACAGGAGAAGGAAAUGCAAAUGAAGAAAAUGAGGGAAGGCUUGAACAUCGAUACCCUGGAGACCGCACCUUUGACGAUAGCAAAAGAAUAUUAUACACACGAAGAAAUAGCAGAAUUUAGGAAAAGGCCUAAAAAGAAAAACAAGAAGUUCCGGCCUAAGUCAUCCCAUAUUAUUGAUGAUGACCAAGAACACAAUCGCAAAGAUAAUAGUAACAACAAUGAUAAAGCAUACACAAUACAUGGCCAAGUCAUGGAUGAAAAAGAAAUGUUGAAAAUUGUGGAUGAAGAGGAAGAGAAAAAUAGAAUGGAACUUGAAGAGUCGCUUAGAAGGGUCAGACGUAAGGUCGUCGAUAAUGGGAAUUCUGAGCCAGACUUUAGUGAUGCAAAUGUCAUCACACUUAAAGGACCUCAUAAAGUUAUGGAUAUCAUAAAAAACGAGCUCUCACAAAUCCUCUCAGAUGAGGAACACGAAUCAACCACUAAUAUCAAUGAAAGGAGUGAACCGGGAAACACUAAAAAGUCUCACAUCGUCUUGAACACGACAUCAGAGUUUUGUAGGAUCCUCGGAAAUAUACAAGCAAAUGCGCUUUCUGACAAAAACGAAGACCAAAAUAUGGAUACCAAAAAAUACGAAUCUGAUAUCGCAUCUUCAGAUGAAGAUGAAUCUAAAAUCGACAAAUUUUUACAAACCACGCAAGAGAAAGUUUCUAUAACCCAAGAGCCCGACAUUGAAAAAGGACUUGCACAAGCCCUAAUUCUCGUUAAAGCGAAAGGUUACCUGGACAAAGGGGAACAGGACAUUGAAAUGAGCGCGGAAUAUUUGGAUCUCAAAUGUAAGAGGUUUAAUAUAGAGGACAAACAUUUCGAUAUAGACGAUAAAUAUACCAGAAGGGAUAGGUACUCAUCUGGCCCGUUAACGGACUUCAAAGAGAAAAAAGAUUACGUGCCUGAUAUAAAAUUAGAUUACAUCGACGAUGUUGGCAAAAUUCUGAAUACCAAGGAAGCAUUUAGGUACAUGUCUCAUAAAUUUCACGGCAAAGGAUCUGGCAAAAAGAAAAUAGAAAAACGAAACAAGAAGAUUGUGGAUGUUUUACAAAACGUGAAAACUGAUCAUUCACCAAUGAACACUGUCAACUUACUGUUGAAUAAGCAAAAAGAAAUAAAAGCUCCUUAUUUAAUUUUAAGCGGUAGAACCACGACACACCACCCAGCACAUAUGAAAUGAUAUGGAUUUUCUGCAAAGCAAUACCUGGAUCCUAAUUAUAUAAUGUGAUCAUGAAAAUAUGUCAACUUUAUAAUAUUUAUUUUCCAUUAAAUAAUUAUAUAUUGAAUUUCAUCGAUUUAUGCAAAAUAAA